CACUGAUGGACCAGAUACUAGGAUCUUUAAUCAUUUUAAACUAACCGUUAUAUGUAUGCACAGGAACACAGGUAUUAAUGCUCUACACAAUGACCAUGACCUUCCUGCUUAUUUUCCUCCUGGGGACAUCAUUUUCUGUACCAGUACGACAGCGACGUAAAGCUGGCUUUGGAAGUGAGAGCCGUGAGAAUAUGGGGGCUUAUGGCUUUUAUGGAAGUCCCUUCAAUAUGCCACAAGGGCAGUUUUUGCCAUUACCCCAUUCAUAUGGAUAUGGGUCCCAGCAUCUCUUUCCACCUCAACUGACAUGGAAGCAACCCCAUCAACAGCAGAUGCAGCCAUCCAUCAUCCAGAUGCAGAUACCCCACCCACCAGUGUGGCAGUCACAGCAGGUUCCAAUUCAGCAGCAGCCAAGUGUGGGGGUACAGGACCCAGGACAACAGGACACAAAGAUGGCACAAAGGCAAAUAUACCAGCAACAGCAAAUGCCAAGUAGAAGUGGUAAACAGACAUCACUGCAAGCAGAGAAACAACACCCAAUAACUGCAACCCAACAACAAGGAAAGUUAAAGAAACCAGUAGAAGUUCUGCAGCAGACAUUGUCCCAUCCAAGGCGGCACCCAGAAGGAACCAUUAACCAGCAGCAGGAGCCAGGACCACCCCAAAAUAAUCCUUCUGGACAAUCUUUGUGGAUAGAGCUGCCACAGAACCAAGGGCCUAAAAACCAGCAACAACAGUUGCAGAACCCAGUUGUUUAUUUGCAGGUUCAACAUAUGAAUCAACCAUAUGGGCUCAUGCCAAUGAGACAUGCAAGGGGAUCAGGAAGUCAAGAAGAACAAGGAGGGGGACCGUAUUUUGGACCUUAUUAUCAUGGACCAAUGGUCAGACCACCUACAUCUGAAGAACUUAAAGAUGCUGAAGAUGAAAAGGCAACAAAUAAAGAAAAAGCACAUACUGAAAGUACUGGAAAUGAUACUACAUCAGUCCUAGCAAGCAACUCAACCAACCUUGAAGGAAAUGCAACCGAUGAUGCUGCUCCAACUACAGCUUUCAUUGGUAAUGCAUCAGUUACUGCAAUAAACUCUGAGCAAGGAAGUAAUUCAACAAACACUGCAGCUAAUAUACCAGAGCAGAGAGGAGACUCAAGCUUUCCUAAAAGCCCUCCUAACUACUGGCCCAGACAUUCACCAAAUUUAGACGUUAACACAUAUGGAAGUACUUUUCCAAAACAAGCAUUGACGCCAUUUGAUCAGAGGCGUCACAUACCACAGUAUAGAGGGCAUCCAUCAAUUUACUCAUAUGGCAGAGGUUACCCAAAUAACCCCAAAAACAUGCCAUUUGUGCAUCAGCAAUAUUCUCAACAGCAUUCUAGAACGAAUCCAUUGAUAGUAAGAGAUAAGCAGCCUUCAUACAAUUUCAACCAUGUCUCCACUAUAGAACCCUCUAGAAAUUUACCAGCAGCUAAAGAAGGCAUAUCCCCAAAUCUGAAAGAACAUACUUUAAGUCAUAAACCUGGCUCUUUUUAUCCUGAAACGUCUCCCUCAAGGUCAAAAGAUUACAUGCCAAAUAUAAGAUAUGGAGUUAGAUCCUCACAGACUAAAGAUUCGUUCAUCAGAGAAGAACACACUUUACCUGCUUCAGGCUUAAAUCUCUUUGGUCAGAAAGGUCAUCCUCUUCAUCAUGAUAAUAUCCCUGAAGGCCACAUGGAAAACAUACCUUCUCCCUGGAUGCAUUCACCACAGCAGGGAAGUAAAUUAUUUCAUACUCAGCAUUUUCCAUUUGAGGGAAGGCAUAAUGUCCCAAACUCAUUAAAUUUCAAGAGAACAAUUUCCUAUCCUGAAAGCAAUCCUUCAGGCAAUAAAGAAAGUAAUCCAUCACACAAAGUCAGUGUAGUGGGUUAUGAAAAUACGUCAACAACUCCAGAAAAAAACACAGCUUGGCAAAGAAAUGCCACACUAGGUACUGUCCACAUUUCAGAAGAUAAUAAAAAAAACAUACAACAUAAUGAUUUUUCUGCAAAUCAUGCAGGAUAUACAGACUACUCUUUUUACCCCAAUGGUGACCAUCUUGCAGAGAAACAAGGCAUGGAACAAAAUCAUGGUAACCCCUCAGCACAUGAUGGUUCACCAUUCCCUAUUGUAAAGGAGUACAACAGAAAGACAUUGAACUUACACCAUCAGGGUAAUGUACAGACAAAUUUGGAACCUGGUUCUUUUUAUAACAUUCAGCCAAAAAACCCAGCAAACAAUGCAACGGCAUUAGAAGACUUUCCAGUUAAUAAAAGAAACCCAGUAUAUCAGAAUGAAAAUCAACCAGUUAAUGAAGGUAGGAGAGGAACACUAAUGCAUGGUUCUCAGUUUUAUGAUGAAAGCCCCUAUGUUUAUAAUGGAAAGGCACCACACAACAGCCCCUGGUCAUAUGAUAGGAAUUCUUAUUUUUCUAGAAAUGUUCCAUCUGGAAUACAAGGAAAAAUUGUAUAUCCUAAAGCUUCCGAAUGGGACUAUGAUAGACAGCCUCCAAACACUAGAUUAAAUCCAGCAAGUCAAAGCAGGAUGCCAGAUUAUCCAAAUGAAAAUAUGUGGGAUCAGAGGAGUAAUCAUAAAAUGUCCAAUCCUCAGCUCUUUGUACAAAAUACUAACUCUGCCACACCUGAUGAAAACACUUGGGAACCUCAGACAUACUCACCAAAUCAUGAAACAUAUUUAUCACAACAAUAUGGCAAUUUACCAUAUGAGGAGCCUUAUAUGUCUCCACACAUGGACUAUUUACCUUAUCCUGAUAAUGAUCUGUGGAACCAGAGACAUGAACCUUUGCACCCCAGAGAAACACCAACACAUGAAGGCAAGACAUGGCAUUAUGAAAGAUAUUUACCACUUCCUACUAAUAAUCCUUCAUUUCAGAAAAUCAGUCAUCCAUAUCCUGGAGAUAUCUCUCAUCAUACAAGAGUAGCUUCAUCAGACACCAGAAUAAACUCCCCAUAUGAUGAACAUAACCCAUGGAAUAGUGAUACAUAUAUUCAUGCCCCCAAAGCAAAUGCAGCAAGCAAACAUUUACACUCAAGACAUGCUGGCAACUCUCCUGAUGACAAAAUACACAUACCAUUUCACAUGGAAAAACAGUGGGAUCAACAACCAAGCUUGAGGUUUUUUGAUACAACUUUGUCUACAGUUAAUGGAAAUGUUAAGCAUCCUGAAUACCAGCAGUGGGAUCGAGAAGCUCACAGUACCAGUUCAGCUAACCAAAGGAGGGAUAUAUCUUAUCAAGAUAACAACCACCUAAGACAUGCUCCUAGAAUGCCUUGCUCUGCACACAAAAUAUUAGAUCAAAGGGAAACUGCUAACAGAAACAUUGGAGUAGGAAUUGAAGAAAACAUACAGUAUGCUAAUGAUAAACAAGAGGGGCAAAGCAUAGAUUGCUUUGAGACUGAUGCAACAGGCCAAACAAGUUUAUUUCUGAAUCAACAAGAAAGACCAUCACGUGGUGAUGCAGAUCCUAACCCACCACAAAACCGGAAAAAAUUAUGUACUGAAUCUAUUAAGACACAUGCAGUAAUUGGUAAGUUAAUGGCUUCAUAUUGUGAUGAAAUCCCAAAUGAUGAAGACACGUCAACCACAACUGCUGUUUUCAGUAUGAACCCUGUGCCAUCUCUUGACCAAACAGUGUCCCCAUUAGAUCCUUUGGACAUAGGACCAACCAAUAUAGAUGAUGGAGGGAAGAAAACACAAGCAUUGAUUAUGCCUUAACAUAAGCACCCAUGUGUACUCUACUUAUUAAAAUA